AACUUCCUGUCCGCCAUACUUAAGGCUCGGCCAAGGACUUAGGCAGCUUCUCGCGGUUCCGUGUGCCGUGCUGUAACCCGCUGCCGGGAGCUGCGAGGAGAGCGGGGCGAGCUCGGAGUCCGCGCCAUGGAUGCAGUGACCUAUGAGGAUGUGCAUGUGAACUUCACUCAUGAAGAGUGGGCUUUGCUGGACCCUUCCCAGAAGAAUCUUUACAAAGAUGUGAUGCUGGAGACCUACUGGAACCUUACUUGUAUAGGCUAUAAAUGGGAGGACCACAAGAUUGAAGAACAUUGUCAAAGUUCUACAAGAUAUGGAGAUUAUAUAAACUGUCCCUCUGGAUACAAGCCACAUUAUCCUAUGGUCAAUGGAAAGAAGCAGUUUUAUCUUCAAAGGCAUGAAAAGAGUCGUACUGAAGAGAAAUCCUAUGAAUGUAAUCAAUGUGAUAAAGUCUUUGUAUAUCAAAGUCAGUUUCACAGCCAUGAAAGAAAUUAUACAACAGAGGCACCCUAUGAAUGUAAUCAGUAUAGUAAAGCCUUUUCAUAUAACAGUGUUCUUCAAAUCCAUGAACAACUUUAUACUAGAGAAAAACAGUUUAAAUGUAAUCAGUGUGGUAAAGCCUUUGCAUAUCUCGGUGAUCUUCAAAGGCAUGAAAGAGUUCAUACUGGAGAGAAACCCUAUAAAUGUAACAAAUGUGGUAAAGCCUUUGCAUGUCCCAGUAAUCUGAAAAGGCAUGAAAGAAUUCAUACUGUUGAGAAAACUUAUGAAUGUAAUCAGUGUGGUAAAGCCUUUACAUGUGGGAGUACUCUUCAGAUACACAAAAGAAUGCAUACUGGAGAGAAACCCUAUGAGUGCAAUCAGUGUGGUAAAACCUUUGCAUAUAAAAGUCAGUUCCACAACCAUGAAAGAAUUCAUACAGGAGAGGUACCAUAUAAAUGUAAUCAAUGUGGUAAAGCCUUUAUGUGUAACAGCCAUCUUCAAAUGCAUGAAAGAAUUCAUACUGGAGAGAAACCCUAUAAAUGUAAUCACUGUUGUAAAGCCUUUUCAUGGAAGAAUAAUCUUCAAAUCCACGAAAGAAUUCAUACAGGAGAGAAACCCUAUGAAUGUAAUCAAUGUGGUAAAGCCUUUUCACAUAACAGUCAUCUCCAAAGUCAUGAAAGAAUUCAUACUGGAGAAAAGCCCUAUAAAUGUAAUCAAUGUGGUAAAGCCUUUGUAUAUAAAGGUCAGUUCCACAACCAUGAAAGAAUUCAUACAGGAGAGGUACCAUAUAAAUGUAAUCAAUGUGGUAAAGCCUUUGCAUAUUGUAGUGAUCUUCAAAGGCAUGAAAGAAUUCAUACUGGAGAGAAACCCUUUAAAUGUAAUCAGUGUGGUAAAGCAUUUGCGUAUCAUAGUGAUCUUCAAAUGCAUGAAAGAAUUCAUACCGGAGAGAAACCCUAUGGAUGUAAUCAAUGUGGUAAAGCCUUUGCAUGCCCCAGUAAUCUGAAAAGGCAUGAAAGAAUUCACACUGGAGAGAAACCCUAUCAAUGUAAUCAGUGUGGUAAAGCCUUUGUACGUAACAGUGAUCUUCAAAGGCAUGAAAGAAUUCAUAGUGGAGAAAAACAGUUUAAGUGUAAUCAGUGUGGAAAAGCCUUUGCAUAUAUUAACAGUCUUCACAUGCAUGAGAGAUAUCAUAUUGACGAGAAAUCCAAUGAAUGGAAUCAAUGUGGUAAAGCCUUUACAUGUCUCAAUCCUCUUCAAAAGCAUGAAAGAAUUUAUACCGACAAAAAGAUCACCCAGGUACCCAGUAAAUGAGCUAUAUCUUGCCUUAUCAAUUCAUUUUCCCCACUGAGCUCUCAUUGGUGCUUGAGUAAGAUUCCUAGAACCAUUCCAUCAUUAAAAUAUUAUUUCCUUUUCAAACUGUAGACAUUGUCAUCCAAGAAUACAGGAACACAGGACAGUUUGAAUAAUAAUAAAAACUAUUUUCAAAUUAAAA